CGGGCUGUCAGUCGGCUGGGCGGCCGGCCACACUUCCGCCUCGGUGUCAGCGGGUCGCGCGCCUGCGGGGAGGGGGCGGGGGCGGGGUGGGCCGCGAGGCUCCUCUGGCGCCGGAGAGACACCGUCCAGGUGUCUUGCUGAGCCCCUAGCAAAGUCACAGCCCUGUGCGGUGACUGGUGAGUGUGCUCGGCUGGUGUGUGUGUCGCGCAACGUCUCAAGUCCGAUCUGUGUACUCACCAGAGUGAAGAGCUGAGAUUGGCCGUCUGUGAAGCUGCUCUAAAUUCUGUAGAGUGUCACACAGCUGAUUUUGUGAAGAAACCCGAACCCAGCAAGGUCACACAGGCGAGGGGAAGAUCUCCAGUGCCUAUUGGAUUUUUACCUAAAACAAAGUUCAUAGCAUAGAGUUACUUACACUUUCAAUGUAGAUCCAGUACAAUGACUCCGUGAAAGGCCAGGCGGCAGAGGAGCCUGGCUACCGAAGGAUGAACGGCGAGGAGGAGUUCUUCGAUGCCGUCACAGGCUUUGACUCUGAUAACUCUUCUGGGGAGUUUUCAGAGGCAAAUCAGAGACACCCUGGAGUGACUCAUGUGGACACCCACAAAAGCAAUGGGAUUGGACGAGUUCGGGAGAAGCCCCUGCGAGAGAAUGGAAUUCAGAAGCACAGGACAUCACUGCCUGCCCCAAUGUUUACGAGAAGCGACUUCAGUGUGUGGAGUAUCUUAAAAAAGUGCAUCGGCUUGGAGCUGUCCAAGAUCACGAUGCCGAUCGCCUUCAAUGAGCCGCUCAGCUUCCUCCAGCGGAUCACAGAGUACAUGGAGCACGUUCAGCUGAUCCGUGCAGCCUCCCGCCAGCCCCAGGCCCUGGGGAGGAUGCAGUGUGUAGCUGCCUUCGCGGUCUCGGCUGUGGCUUCCCAGUGGGAGAGGACCGGCAAGCCGUUCAAUCCGCUCUUGGGGGAGACGUACGAGUUGAUCAGGGAAGAUUUAGGAUUCAGAUUCAUAUCCGAACAGGUCAGCCACCACCCCCCCAUCAGCGCUUUUUACUCAGAAGGCCUCAGUCAGGACUUCCUGUUCCACGGCUCCAUCUACCCGAAGCUGAGGUUCUGGGGGAAGAGCGUGGAGGCGGAGCCCCGGGGCACCAUCACGCUGGAGCUCCUUGGACAUAAUGAGGCCUACACUUGGACGAACCCCACCUGCUGCGUCCACAAUGUGAUUAUUGGGAAGCUGUGGAUAGAGCAGUAUGGCACGGUGGAGAUUUUAAACCACAGGACUGGAGAUAAGUGUGUGCUUCACUUCCGGCCGUGUGGACUGUUUGGAAAAGAGCUUCACAAGGUGGAGGGGCACAUUCAAGACAAAAACAAAAAGAAGCUCUUUAUGAUCUACGGCAAAUGGACGGAGUGCUUGUGGGGCAUAGAGCCGGCGGCGUAUGAGUCCUUCAGGAAGCAGGAGAGGCGGGGCGAGCACCUGAAGAAGGCAAAGCCGGACGAUGGCACCGAGAAGGCUGAUGGCCACGUGGUGGAUGCCAUGCCUGAGGUUCAAGACACUGUGCAGGUCAUUCCGGGCAGCAAGCUGCUCUGGAGAGUCAACACCCGGCCUCCCAACUCUGCUCAGAUGUAUAACUUCACCAGCUUCACUGUCAGCCUCAAUGAGCUGCAGGACGGCAUGGAGGCGGUCCUGGCGCCCACAGACUGCCGCCUGCGCCCUGACAUCCGAGGCAUGGAGAACGGCGACAUGGAUCUGGCGAGCCAGGAGAAGGAGCGACUGGAGGAGAAGCAGAGAGAGGCCCGGCGGGAGCGCGCCCGCAGCGAGGCCGAGUGGCGGACGAGGUGGUUCCGCCCAGGCAGUAACCCGCACACCGGGACGCCCGACUGGUUGUACACAGGGUGUUACUUUGAGCGGGAUUUCUCAGGCUGCCCAGAUAUCUACUGAGGGACAGUAGUGGCCCCGGGACCUGGACACUGAAAGGCUGGACUCCGUCAAGUGGCCGCUCCGAGCCUGGCCAUGCCAGAAGCCAGCUUUUCCACCAACCGUGUUCGUGGAGCCAGCGGCAUCCCUGGUCUAGGAUUCAAUUCUGAUUAACGUUUGAUUGCCAAACAUUUUACUACUGUUGCAGCCUCUUCAUACAGCUUCACAUGGGUCAUCAUGUUCUCAUCAAGGUUUGGAAAGGAAUCGUCUUUACAACUCCCUUUUAUGGGGUGAAAAUAAGUGGGGGCUUGGUUAGCUGACAGCGCCCUCUUAAUUAUAAAAUUUAUGACUACAGGAAGCAGUAGGAAGGGGUUUGUUUUCCUCCUUACCAUGCAGUGGCCGGGGUGUCAGAGGUAAAGGAGGGAUCUUGAAAAUAAUCCUGCAAAGCGCUUCACACGGGCCGGGAACUUCCCGAACCGCGGUGGUGCCCAAGGGAAGAUCUGUAAAGCAGCAUAUUGAAUGAAAUGAAAAGUUGUCAGAUUCUGUAUUUUUUACCACUCUUCAAUAAUGUAAAGAUUAAUUUUAAAAUAUUUAAGUUAAACUACUUGAAUAGUAAUUUGCUGAAUAGCAAGGUAUGCAUUGAUCAUGAAAUAUAUACUGUCCAAAGUGAAGCUUCACCACGGCGACCGAGGGUGGCCAGGGCAGUGAGGGUCGCUGGCAGAGCCGAGUCCCCAGACUGCUGCCAACCUUGGGGGCUCAGGCCUGACAGGAGCUCCCGUCUGGCCACGUCUGCUCCUCUUGUCACCAGGCUUCACUGUCACUGGGGCCACACCCAUGUCACAAAGUGAGUCAUUUCUUAACACAUUUCACCUGUGUCCACAGCACUCCUGUGUUUGUUUUUCCCAGCACGCUUGUUUAUAAUGUAAAUGAAUCGCAGCUGAUGUGCACUGGGGAAGGGUCAGAAGCACAGUCUAGUUACAGUGGUGUAAUUAAAGUCAUUUAACAAAAGCAGGCAUACGUGCAUGUUAGCACACGUCCUUAUCAAGUGACUGCUCUCUCUCUGUAGGAAUGUCAACACCGUAGAUCACGGUAGAGCUGUUUGAACGGAAGACAGGCUGCUGGACACACGCAUGCACACACACAGUUGUAUGGAUGGAGGGUUCUCACGCGUGCAUACAUGCACACAUGCACUUAAAGGAGUGGCAGGUUCUCAGUGAGAGUUGUUUGUCACUGUGUCCAGGCUCAGAACCACAUUUGUAAUUAAAGCACUUUUAAAAGCGAA